AUGGUGUUGAAAGAACUCCAUUGGUUUCAAAGCUACAACUACGCUGCUGUUGUUCCCCAUAGCCCCGGAGGAGGAGGCCUCUUCCUUGCCUGGAAAAAAGACAUCGAUCUCACGGUUAAACAUGCAACAAACAAUUACAUUGAUACGAGGAUACUGUUUAAAGGCAUCAGUUUCCACGCAACCUUUGUGUACGGGGAGCCAGAGGUUUCAAAAAGAUUACAAGUUUGGAAUGAGAUAUCUAAUCUACACUCAACAAAUGGAGGACCAUGGUUUCUUACUGGAGAUUUCAAUGAAAUUAUUGACAACAGUGAAAAGAGCGGAUGCCCAGGUAGAGCAGAAGGAACCUUCGGAGCCUUUAGAUCCUUUCUUUCUCAAAACGAUCUUUUUGACCUCAAACACUCAGGCAGCUAUCUAUCUUGGAGGGGAAAGAGACAUACACACCUAGUCUUGUGCAGACUGGAUAGAGCUCUAAGCAACUGUGAUUGGGCUGAUCUAUUCCCAGCGUGUAGAAGUCAAUACCUCAAGUACGAAGGGUCUGAUCACAUACCUCUCCUCUCGCUCCUGGAUACAUCAAAAAAGAAAGGUGUAAAGAUCUUUAGAUUCGACAGACGACUAAAUGAUAACAUGGAAAUAAAGAAACUGGUAUCUUCAGUCUGGAUGAGAAAUGAAAACUUAUCAGUUGAGGCUCGACUCUCUUUAUGUCGUCAGGCCAUUUGCAAAUGGUGCAGAGAGUUCUACGAGAAUAGCCAGAAGGGCAUGGAGGACAUACGUAACAGACUUGAUGUCGCUCUGUCUGAUCUACAACCAGAUGAAGCUUUGAUUCAGAAGCUCAACUCAGACCUUCUCCAGCUCUACAAAGCAGAUGAAUAUUUCUGGAAACAAAGAAGCAGACAAUUAUGGUUAAGUCUGGGAGACUCAAACACGGGCUAUUUCCAUGCUAUCUCAAAGGAUGGCUUACCACACUACGAAGAAGAACAAAUAGAGAACAUCAUCUCCUCUUUCUACGCAGAUCUGUUCAAAUCAUCAGAGUAUCUCGGGAAUCGGAUAGUUCACGGGGCUAUACAACCUUGCAUAACAUCAGAGCAAAAUGAGAAACUGAUAGCUAUUCCACAAGAGAGAGAGAUCACCGAAGCCACAUUCUCGAUAAAUGGAGAAAAGGCGCUAGGACCAGAUGGCUUUUCAGCCAGUUUCUUUCACGCCAACUGGGAAGUAGUUGGUCCAGCAGUGAUCUCCGAGAUACAAGCCUUCUUCUCAACAGGUUUCCUUGCACCAUCAAUAAACAAGACUCAUGUCAGGCUCAUUCCAAAGGUUCUGGGAGCUAAAACGGUGGAAGAGUACAUGCCAAUUGCCUUAUGCAACAUUUACUACAAGAUCAUCUCUAAACUAAUCUCUAUCAGAUUAAAGAAUGUUCUUGGAUUAAAACAGAUAUGUCAAAAGCCUAUCGAAUGGCAGUUCAUCUCAGAUGUCCUAUACCGGUUUGGUUUCCAUGCAAUUUGGAUAAAUUGGAUCAUGCAAUGCAUCACUACAGUCUCCUACUCCUAUCUUAUAAAUGAAACAGUGUAUGGAAAUGUUUUACCUCUCCGAGGAAUCAGGCAAGGCGACCCACUAUCUCCUUAUGUGUUUAUCCUCUGCGGUGAAGUUCUCUCAGGGCUGUGUAGAGAGGUUGGGAGGAAAGGCCUACUUCAGGGUAUAAGAGUGGCACGAGGUUGUCCAAGAAUAAAUCAUCUGCUCUUCGCAGAUGAUACGAUGUUCUUCUGUCUUGCGUCUCAAUCAAAUUGCGAAGCACUCCAAGCAGUACUCACAGACUAUGGAAAAAGCUCUGGACAGAGGAUCAAUAAGAACAAGUUGUCUAUCACCUUCUCAAGUAAAACUCCCCCUGCAAUCAAAGAGAAUGCCAAAUCAGUAUUGGGAAUCACAAAGGAAGGGGGCUUAGGCAAGUAA